GUUGGGCGGCCCGCGGGGAGCGGCGCGGGACGGCCCGGAGACCGCGAGACCCGGGGACCGACGGACAGACCCACAGGCAGCCGGGGAGGGGGGGCGGGGCCGGCCCACCGAGUUCGCGGGGAGUGGGCGCCGGGACACCCUUCUCCCCGCCCGGGACGCCGCCCGCCCGACUGCGCCUGGGAUGUAGCGCCCGUUCGCCGCCUCCCGGAGACUCGUCGGACCCUGCGCCCCGCGAUGGAGAGAAGGAGCCCCUGGCUGGAGCAGUUAGUGGUGGAGCCAGGACUUGAAGCCAGGUUUCCGGUCUCCCAGGCCAGUGUUCUUACACCGUCAUCUUCAUCAUCAUCUUCAUCUCAUCUCAUUCACUGUGUUUUACCUGCAAUGCCCUGUUGAACCCUCAGCUGAUGUUUCUAUUACGUAGGUGAGGCCCUGCGUCUUCCCAGGUGACCACGCCGGCUUCAGGACAUGCACGGGCACAGCCGCAACGGGCAGGCCCACGUGCCCCGGCGGAAACGCCGCAACCGCUUCGUCAAGAAGAACGGCCAAUGCAACGUCUACUUCGCCAACCUGAGCAACAAGUCGCAGCGCUACAUGGCGGACAUCUUCACCACCUGCGUGGACACACGCUGGCGCUACAUGCUGAUGAUCUUUUCCGCGGCCUUCCUUGUCUCCUGGCUCUUUUUCGGCCUCCUCUUCUGGUGCAUCGCCUUCUUCCACGGUGACCUGGAGGCCGGCCCGGCGGGGGCCGCGGCGGGGGCCCCGGUGGCAGGAGGCGGCGGGGCGGCCCCGGCGGCCGCCAAGCCCUGCAUCAUGCAUGUGAACGGCUUCCUGGGUGCCUUCCUGUUCUCCGUGGAGACGCAGACUACCAUCGGCUAUGGGUUCCGAUGCGUGACGGAGGAGUGCCCGCUGGCGGUCAUCGCCGUGGUGGUCCAGUCCAUCGUGGGCUGCGUCAUCGACUCCUUCAUGAUCGGCACCAUCAUGGCCAAGAUGGCCCGGCCCAAGAAGCGGGCGCAGACGCUGCUGUUCAGCCACCACGCGGUCAUCUCGGUGCGCGACGGCAAGCUCUGCCUGAUGUGGCGCGUGGGCAACCUGCGCAAGAGCCACAUCGUGGAGGCCCACGUGCGGGCCCAGCUCAUCAAGCCCUACAUGACCCAGGAGGGCGAGUACCUGCCGCUGGACCAGCGGGACCUCAACGUGGGCUACGACAUCGGCCUGGACCGCAUCUUCCUGGUGUCGCCCAUCAUCAUCGUCCACGAGAUCGACGAGGACAGCCCGCUCUACGGCAUGGGCAAGGAGGAGCUGGAGUCGGAGGACUUUGAGAUCGUGGUCAUCCUGGAGGGCAUGGUGGAGGCCACCGCCAUGACCACCCAGGCCCGCAGCUCCUACCUGGCCAGCGAGAUCCUAUGGGGUCACCGCUUCGAGCCCGUGGUCUUUGAGGAGAAGAGCCACUACAAGGUGGACUACUCGCGCUUCCACAAGACCUACGAGGUGGCCGGCACGCCCUGCUGCUCCGCCCGGGAGCUGCAGGAGAGUAAGAUCACCGUGCUGCCCGCCCCACCGCCCCCGCCCAGUGCCUUCUGCUAUGAGAACGAGCUGGCCCUCAUGAGCCAGGAGGAAGAGGAGAUGGAGGAGGAGGCCGCGGCCGCUGCCGCCGUGGCCGCGGGCCUGGGCCUGGAGGCAGGCUCCAAGGAGGAGGCGGGCAUCAUCCGGAUGCUGGAGUUUGGCAGCCACCUGGAUCUGGAGCGCAUGCAAGCCACCCUCCCGCUGGACAACAUCUCCUACCGCAGGGAGUCCGCCAUCUGACCUCCAGGCCCGCCCUCUCGCUUCCCACCAGAGCCUCUUCCGGGGGUGGGCUGCCAGGACACCUCCACCGCACUCAGGACACAGUGGCUCACCCUGGCUCCAUGGACCUUCUGGAGAGAGCUGGGGGCUUCAGAGACUGGGAGGCCCCUUCCUACUGACUCCAGAACCCAGGCCUGGGAAAGGGCCAGGAGACCCUCGGUCUGGUCAGCCUGGGUUCUCCAGCACCUACCCACUGGCGGCUCAGGAACCCCAGACCCACCACCCUUUCCCCACCGACCCUUCAAGGACAUUCCCCCUUUGCUCUCAGAACCUUGGGGAAGGCGG